AUGUCACCAAUUUCUAAAUCAGAUAGUGAUAGUGGGAAGAAUCUUUCUCGUUCAGCACAUUCACCAGAGCACUCUCCUAAAGUAGAACUACCCACUCGCUGUUUAGCCAGUCAACAAAACGACAAUUCUAUAAGUCAAGAAUUUGAUAACAUUGAAAUGGUAUCCAUUGAUAAGCCAUAUGAUUCUAAAGCACCGGUAGCUGGGCUGUACACUGAACUAAUUUCAGAGGAUGAAGUUGCCACAGAACCGCUAAGGGCAUCCCACAAUCGUCACCCUUCAUCACAUUUGCAAAAUUUGGAAGAUUUGCCCCAAGGCAGGCACUUGGGGCUAUACUCCACAAUAAUUCUCUUCAUUAGCAGAAUACUAGGAAGUGGAAUUUUCAGUAUUACAUCGGGGAUAUACAUUGAUUGUGGACAGAGCCCAUUUCUUUUCUUCCUUGCUUGGAUCAUUGCGGCAAUUGCCUCAUUCGGCGGAUUAUAUGUGUUUCUCGAGAUGGGGUCAUUGGUACCUCGAAGCGGUGGAGCAAAAGUGUUUCUAGAGUUUAUUUACACCAAGCCAACAUUGUUGGCUACAGUUGCAUUUUCAAUUUACCUGGUCAUGUUUGGGUUUACGAUUAGUAAUGUUUUGGUGUUUGGAGAGUAUUUUAUACAUGCUUUGGGAAUUACUAUCACUCCAUGGAGAAUUAGAGUAACUGGAUUGUUGUUUUUAUAUGCGGCAGCUUUGAUACAUGGGGUAAGUGUAAAUCAUGGUGUUAGAGUCCAAAAUGUUCUUGGCGCUUUAAAAUUGGUUCUUGUUGGAAUCAUGGUCGUCAUGGGUUUAUAUGUUGCCAUUCUCCCACAAACUGUGACAGAAUUGGAGAGUCACUUAUCAUGGGACGGUUUUUGGCAGGUGAAAGCCAAGGCUAAUCUAUCCUCAUUCUCUAGUGCUGUUAUCAAAGCUAGUUUUGCAUUCAGUGGUUGGAAUUCUGUGCAUACCGUUUCUAAUGAGAUACAGGAUCCCAUUAAGACAUUCAAGAUUGCGGGUCCUGUAUCACUUGUAAUCAUGGCAUUCACCUACGGUAUCAUCAAUUUAGCUUACUUAAUAGUUAUUCCUGAUCAAGAAAUUGUCAAUUCCUCAACAUUAGUCGGAUCUAUUUUGUUUGAAAAGAUUUUGGGAAAGAACUUGGGACGUCAUUUCUUAACAUUUGCUAUUGCCAUUUGUGCGGGUGGAAACAUCUUUGUUGUCAUUUACACCAUUUCUAGAGUUGAUCAGGAAGUAUUUCGCGAAGGGUAUUUGCCAUUUUCAAAAUUCAUGUCAUCUAAUUGGCCCUUUGGAGCACCAUUGCGAAUCCUUAUUCUAAGCUGCGCAAUCACUACCGUCAUGAUUUUAGGAUUUCAUGAAGGUGAUGUAUACAGUUAUAUGGUGUCACUUGAGGGAUACCCACAACAAAUUGCCAUUGCGUUGAUCGCAGUGGGUAUAUUUAUAAUUCGCAAACGUUACCCAGAAUUGCAUGCCCCGGUUAGAGCUGGAUAUUUUGGCACAAUUGCAGUUUUAUUGAUCAGUAUUUACUUAGUCAUUGGGCCAUUCAUAUCCUCGAGCUCGCCAAACCCCAAAGGAUUGGAAAGUUGGCCGAACUAUGGACUAGUGGGCUUGAUAUGCGUCUUAAUAUGUAUAUUAUAUUGGACUUUAAUGUUUAGAAUUUUGCCAUGGUGGGGCAACUAUCAAUUAAUGAUUGAAGAAACUACCUUGGGUGAUGGGUUAACCGUGAAAUCAUGGGAGAAGGUUCACACUUCCCACAAUAUGCCGUAUAGAACUUUGCUUGACGAAACUGUUGGAUAG